UUCAAUUUAGUUGCAAUGUUUAUCUACUCUAGAAAUGAGCACAUAGGAGAUCACAUAUUUUUUAAUACAGGCGUUGUUUCCAAUUACAGUGAGGAUGUUACAGAUGACCCAAGAGCCAUCCAAACAGUGCUAAUGUCUUGUAUGAUUGGCGUCACCGGAGCAGGGAAUGCCCUCGUCAUUCUAGGGUUUGUGAUAAACAAAAAACUUAGGACUCCAAGCAAUUACUUUCUUCUAAAUCUUGCCAUUAGUGACUUCUUCACAGGUAUAUUCUCCCUUCCAUUGUAUAUGAAUAAUUAUAUUAUCAAUGAAGGAUGGGUUCUUGGAAAAACUAUCUGCAAACUAUGGUUGGCAAUUGACUAUACUUUAUGUCAGUGUACAAUUUACAACAUUGUGUUAAUCAGCUGCGACCGUUUCCUAGCCGUAACAAAAGCUGUUAAAUAUCGAGAUCAGCAGAACAAGAUGAAACCGGCUUAUAUGAAGAUGGCUGCCGUGUGGAUUAUAGCUUUCUUGAAUUUUGGUCCAGCAAUAAUAAUCUGGGAGUAUGCAGCUGGCUACAGUCUGGUACCAGAUGGUGAAUGCAACCCUGAAUUUUACUACAAUAGCCGUUAUCUCCUCUAUUCCUCAGUCUUUGAUUUUUUGACCCCGAUGACUGCAAUUGCUUUUUUUAAUCUCAGUAUAUAUUUUAACAUAAGGAGUCGUAUGAAAGGUAAAGCACAAAACAACUCCUCAAACUUGCAGGAACCCUCAACAGACAAUGGAAUCUUCAUUGUAGAAUCUAAACAGUUAGCAUCAAACAAUGUAUCUGCUAUUCCACAGGCACACUCUGCACCUCACUCUGGGAAAGGCAAGAUAAUGCAAUUUAUUUUAGCAAUCUGCAAGGCUAACCAGCAGAGCUCCACUGAGAACAAGGAAGAAAUGAAGAACUCUGCCUUAUCUAAAGAUAAGAAAAUGGCAACAUCUUUAGCCGUUCUUGUGUGUACCUUUUGCUUAUGUUGGGCUCCCUAUUCUUUCCUUACAAUUAUCAGGGAGGGAUUCUGCAUGAUCACCGUUCUGAAUUUGCAGUACACUAUUACCUCUUGCAACAUUAUUGUUAAUACACAGCAGUAUUUGGAAUACCGUAUAUACUAG